AUGGAGACUGAGGGAUCUGCUGCGAGACUGCAGCCCAUGAGUCCUGGCUUCAACAAUGGGGUAUCUACUCCCCUGCGUCCAGGAACCCCUGUUGGAUCAUUCUCACCGAGGUCUUCUCGCGGUGUAAAGGGAGGAUUGACUCUUACUCAAAUGUACACCGAGUACGAUAAGAUGCGGACCCUUCUCAGUGCCGAGCAAAAGAAUAACGAAGAGCUCAAGGCUGCCAUGGAUGAAAUGGUGCAGGAUUUGGAAUCGAGACAGCCGGAAAUUGAUGAAUUGCGUUCGGACCACUCGCGCCUUGAGGCUGCUGUCGUCGAGAUGUCCAAUAUUCUGGACACAGCUGGCAAGGAGAGAGAAGCAGCAACGCGGGAGGCAAGAAAGUGGCAGGGGCAAGUUGGAGGUCUGGAGCGUGAGGGACAAAUAUUACGCCAGCAACUUAGAGACCUUAGCUCUCAAGUAAAGGUACUAGUUAUGGAAGUACACCUGUUGUCUGCUGGUGAAAAGGAGUAUGACAGGGUAGACCUUGAGAAAAUCGCCCGGGAGGGUAUUGAAGAGUCAGCAGAGGACAUGACCGAGACCGGUCAGUUUAUCAGCCGAAACUUAACGACCUUCAAGAACCUCAACGAACUCCAGGAACAAAACGUUACAUUGCGCAGAAUGCUCCGACAGCUUGGAGAUCAGAUGGAGGGCGAAGAGGCUCGCCAAAAAAAUAUUUCGCACCAGAAGGAUCAGGAAGAAUUGAAAGAACUCCGUGUGCGUGUUCAAACAUAUCGGGACGAAAUGGCAAAUCUUGUCUCGCAAACCAAGAGCUACAUCAAGGAGCGUGACACUUUCCGCAGCAUGCUUAUACGGCGUCGCGAAACGGGGGAGUCUUCCGAGCCAUUCUCGCAAUCUCUGCCCCUGGGAGCAGCUCCUCCUGCUCUUGAUGCUAGCACUAUGUCUGCAGCUCCUGGCCCUGACUAUGCUGAUCUCCUCAGGAAGCUCCAGGCUCACUUUGAUUCAUUCCGUGAAGAAACAGCAACCGAUCACUCGUCAUUGAAGCAACAGGUCAACGAGUUAACGAGGAGAAACAGUGAACUUCAGAGUGAAGUUAGCCGCGCCAGUAGUCAACUUGCCUCUGCCAUCCAGCGUGCGGAGCUUUUGCAAUCUAAUUUCAACUUGCUCAAGGGCGAGAAUGUGGAACUCCAGAAGAGACAUACUGCGCUGAUGGAGAAUGCAAACAAACAAGAUCUCCGGACGCAGCAAGUUGCUGAAGAUCUUGUAGAAGCACGCGGACUUGCAGAUAGUCUUACAAGAGAGAGCGCAAAUCUUAAAGCUGAGAAGGAACUUUGGAAGAGCAUCGAGAAGAGGCUCAUUGAAGACAACGAGUCGCUGCGUAAUGAACGUAGCCGGCUUGAUUCAUUGAAUGCUAACUUGCAGUCUAUGCUUAAUGAGCGCGAGCAUUCCGAAACAGAGAGCAGACGCCGUCUGCAGGCAACUGUUGAGUCUUUGGAAUCCGAGCUCCAAAUCACCAAACGCAAACUCAAUGAAGAAACUGAGGAAGCAAAGAAGGCGACACUACGCAAGGAAUAUGACCACGAGCAAAGCCAGAAGAGAAUUGACGAUCUUGUCACAAGCCUAAGCUCCUCGCGAGAAGAACUCAUUGCCACGAAGACGAGCAGAGACCAUUUGCAGUCGAGAGUUGAUGAAUUGUCUGUUGAACUUAAGAGUGUAGAGGAACGACUUGCGGUAUUACAGCAUAAGCCUAAUACCAGUGCCACCGUUCCUACUGCUGGAGACGAGUCUACUGAAGCAGUGCCUGACAACCAGUUGAGCCGAGAACAGGAGCUUGCAAUUGAAGUUUCUGAAUUGAAACGUGAUCUCGAGCUUACCAAGGGUGAACUGGAGCAUGCGAAGGAACAGGCUGAAGACUUCAAGGCCAUUAGUCAGUCAACUGAAGAAAGGCUUGAGGCUCUUAGUGAUACAAAUGAGCAAUACCGUGAAGAAACUGAUCGCCUUCUUGAGGAGAAGAAUGCUAAGAUUGCGGAUUUGGAGAAACGUGUGGAGGAAAUCACUAAUGAGCUUGCGGCUACUAACAACGAGAUAUCCAAACUUCGAGACCAAGAGGGAGAAGCUCAGCGCCGCAUGGACGAUCAGAAAGAAUUGCUGGAGGCUGAAAUCAAGAGACUCAAGGAGAAUGAAGAACGAUACACUGCAGCUGCACAAUACCAUCAACAGGAUCUGAAGGCUCAAGCUGAAAUCGCUCAGAAUGCCCAACAGAACUACGAAAACGAACUCGUCAAACAUGCUGAGGCCGCAAGAAAUCUACAAACCGUCCGGGCCGAAGCAAACCAACUCAAACUAGAAGUGGUUGAUCUGCGGACACAAGCAGAGAGCGCUAAGAAUAACCUAACUCAUCAAGAAGAGAACUGGAAUGAGUUGAAGGAACGUUACGAGUCUGAGAUUGGAGAAUUGAAUCGCCGCAGGGAGGAAGUCCUCAAACAGAACUCGCUUCUUCAUGGACAGCUGGAGACCAUCACUCGCCAAAUUUCCGCUCUGCAGCGUGAUCGGGCCAGUAUGCCAGAGAAUCCCGAGGGAGAAGCCGAUGUGUCUGGUACUGACUUGGAGGGUCUCCAGGAAGUCAUCAAAUUCCUGCGUAGAGAGAAGGAGAUUGUCGAUGUCCAGUACCAUCUGUCCACUCAAGAAGGGAAAAGACUUCGACAACAGCUUGAUUACACCCAGAGCCAGCUUGAAGAGACUCGCCUCAAACUUGAACAGCAACGCCGUGCUGAAGCCGACAGUGAGCACAACACUCUCAACCACAACAAACUCAUGGAAACUCUUAACGAGCUCAAUCUCUUCCGUGAGAGCAGUGUUACUCUUCGUAACCAAAUCAAACAAUACGAAGCAGCUAUCGCGUCGAAAUCUGCUCAAAUUGAAGAAAUUCAACAACAGGCUGAGCCUCUUCAAACCCGCAUUCGAGAACUUGAGAAUAAUCUUGAAACUAAAGAUGGCGAAGUCAAGUUGCUUCAAGAGGACAGGGACCGAUGGCAACAGCGCACUCAAAAUAUUCUUCAGAAGUAUGACCGAGUUGACCCCGUUGAAAUGGAAGCCCUAAAGGAGAAGCUUGCAACCCUUGAAAAGGAGCAGGCUGAGGCAUCCACUGAGAAGAGUGCCCUUCAGGCCCAGAUUGAUGCAUUCCCAGAACAGCUCAAGCAAGCUGAGGAGAAGGUUCAUGAUCUCCGUUCUAAGCUGACCGAACAAUUCAAAGCCAGAUCCAAGGAGCUCACGGGCAGAAUUAACGCUAAACAAGGAGAGCUCAACACUGCUCUCCAAGAGAAGGAGGCCAUUCAACUCGAGCUCAACAGUACACGAGAGGAGCUCAAUGCUCUCAAAGCCAGCGUAUCCGAAAAUCAACAAGCCGCUGCUGCUCAAAGCGCUCCUGAACCACAGCCAGCUCCUGUCCAGGCUGCAGUGUCUUCUGAACAGCCUAGUGCCGAAAGUGCACAGAAGAUAGCAGAACUGGAGGAGAAGGUUGCUAAACUGGAGGCAGCUCUGGCCGAGAAGGAAGCAGAAACAGAUGCAAAGAUCAGGGAGCGUAUUGAGAAAAUGAAGGAGACACUGAACAACAAGCUAGCGGAAUACAAGACAGCCCACAAAGAACAAAUCGACAAAAUGACCGCGGCUCACCAACAGGAACUUGCAGCUAGACCUUCUGGUGAACUCCCCCCAGAGCUAACUGAUAGUCAAGCCAGGGAAUUGGUGGCUAAAAAUGAAACCAUCCGCGGCAUCGUCAGGAACAAUAUCAAGAACGCCCUAGCUAGGGAGCGGGAAUCUAUGUCCAAGGAAGCAGAUCCCGCAGCUCUCAAGGAAAUGGAAAAGAAGUUUAAUGAAGAAAAGGAGGCAUACAUGAAGGAGCGGGACCAGAAGGUCAAUUCGGCCGUCGAACUGGCCGAGAAACGACUGCUAGCCAAGGUUAGCAUGACCGAGGGACGGGCGCGAAAUGUACAGGCUAAGCUGGAAGUUGUUCAGAAAGCCGCGACUGAAACCCCUCAGAAGCCAGUGGUGGAAGUCUGGGAGGUCGCCAAAGUUGCAAAGCCCGCCCCAGUAUCUCAAGCUGCUACCCCUAAACCUGCAGGUCAGGCACCAGCUGCCGUACAACCUGCAGCCCCUGCACUGCAAGCGACGCAGCAGGCUGCUUCACAGGUACCUGCAGCGCCGACGACGCCUGCUAAGCCAACAAUGCCUACUGAUUCGCAACAAACUCCAACCCCAGCGGAACGACCGGAACAGGCCCCCCAAGCUCCCCAAGUGCCUCAAAAUUCUUCUCUUCCUCAGCCAACAACUCAAGUACAACAGCAACAAGUACAGGAGCCUGCCCAGAACGUCCAGCCUCAGCAGGUUCAGCAGCCUCAACAUCCACAGCAACCCCAACAGACCCAACAGGGUCAGCCGGUAUCAGGUCUCCCUAACAGGCCUCCUCAGUCUACACACCAUCCUGCAGGGGGAACUGGUCCUGGGGUGCUUCGAGCCCUUCAAUCAGGCUUACCUGUAGCUCGUGGGGGCCGUGGUAGGGGUGGGCCUGCUGGCCAAGUCAGCCAACCACAUAACGUUGCAGGCCAGCACGGCACAGGUCUGCAACAACAG